CGAGCAGAUCUCUUUGAAAGAGCAAGCGUGCAGCAGCAGCAGCAGCAGCGGGGCAGCCGUUGGUUAGACCGGGGAGGGGAAAUGUUCCUCGCGUCGUCUAAGCACUCUCUCCAGAUUGCUGGCUACCUUUAAGUGACCAUGGCUGUCUUUCAGAACAACUUCUGGGGGGAGAAGAACGCCGGCUUUGACGUGCUUUACCACAACAUGAAGCAUGGCCAGCUGGCGACCAAAGAGCUCGCCGAGUUUAUCCGAGAGAGGGCUGCCAUUGAGGAGACUUACUCCAAAUCAAUGAGCAAACUAGCAAAGAUAGCGAGCAAUGGAAGUCAGCUGGGGACUUUUGCGCCCAUGUGGGAUGUUUUUAGGGUAUCGUCUGACAAGCUGGCUCUCUGCCACCUGGAGCUGAUGAAGAAGAUGAACGAUCUGAUCCGGGACAUUAACAAGUAUGGCGACGAGCAGGUCAAAAUUCAUCGUAAGACAAAAGAGGAGAUGGGUGGAACAGUGGAAGCAGUGCAGGCGCUGCAGGCUCAGAACGGCCAGCUUCAGAAGUCAAAGGAAGGUUACCACACCAGGUGUUUGGAGCUGGACCGACUCAGGAAGGAGGGAGCGCCACAGAAAGAGCUGGAGAAGGCGGAGCUGAAGUCUAAGAAAGCGGCAGAGUCCUUCGCGCUGUGCAUCGAGAAGUACAACCGUGUGGGAGGAGAGUUUGAGCAGAAGAUGAGCGAGUCCGCCCAGAGAUUUCAGGAAAUCGAAGAGGCUCAUCUGAGACAGAUGAAACAGCUGAUCAAAAGUUUCUCUCACUCCGUAGAGGACACCCACGUCCAGGUGGGACAGGUCCAUGAGGAGUUUAAGCAGAACGUGGAAAACAUCGGCGUCGACAUCCUCAUCCAGAAGUUUGCUGAGCAGAAAGGGACGGGCAAAGAUAGACCCGCUUCAGUUGGAUUUGAGGAGUACAUGACAGGUUUGACCUCUGAAGGUGGGAAAAAACCUCGAGCGAAAGCCUUCAGAAUACCGGGUCUCAGCAGGAGGGACAAGGAACCGUACUCCACAGAUUCAGCCGUCCCAGAGGCACUGAAUUCGCCUCUGGAAGUGGACGACGAGGGAUUUGUCAUCAGAGCUGACAGCACUCAGAAUGGCUGCUCUGAGAAGGAGGACAACUUCUACUCCAGCGAUUCGGACUUCGAUGACGAGGAACCGAAGAAGUUCCACAUCCAAAUCAGACCCGUAGCCAGCAGCAGUCGCAGCAACUCUGUCGCCACUGAGAAGGAGCUGAAAGCCACCGUGGGGACGUUGACGCUGCCGCCCAACAGAGGAGCAAGGCAGCAGAUGCCAGUGAAGCGGCAUCUCUCGAGAAACUCCAGCGCAGCGGGAGGCCGAUCAGAAGAAAGCGACGCUGCCAGUCACAGGGAUGGGGAGCAGGAAGGUCUGCGCAGGUCCACCUCCAGCCCCGAUCACAGCAGGUUGGGCUCGACGGCGUCGGGUUCAGACAGCCUGUUCGGCCCGCCGCUGGAGUUGGCCUUCAAGUCCAAAAGCUUCGACGGCCGAGAUCAGUUCAGAGACCAGAACACCUUCGGUGCCUCUGAAUAUGCUGCCUUCUCAUCCGAUUCAUCGUCUCCGGAGAACGUUGAAGACUCUGGCCUGGACUCUCCUUCCCAUCAGACUCUUGGUCCGUCUCCUGAGCUGGCGGGCUGGGCCGCCUGGCCCCCCCUGACUAAAGACCAGACGCUGGGCCGACCUGCGGACCCUUUCCUCUCUGCUUUCCACGAGCCCUCGUCCGGCCGCAGCUCCAACUCGCAGGACGACUCCGCUAACAUCUGGUCUGUCGUCUCCACGCGCCCAUCGCGGGCCCCCCCGGACAUGGACCCCACGCCUGUGCGGUUCCCGGCGUUCCCCCAGUCCCUCGCCCCGGCUGAGGUGGAGUCGUCGGUGUGGAACUGCAAACACAUUCCCGCAGAGGACCCCUUCUUCUCCGGCUUCGAGAGGACGGAGACGUUAAACCUGUCCGACGACGCCUGGACGCGCCCGCCGCCUCGCCGCUCCCAGGACGCUCGCGGAGACCCGUUCUCCCCCGCUGACACUAAAACCCUCCUGCCCCCUUCCUCCUCCUCCUCAUCGUCCUCUUCCUCUAACCGUAAAGAGCGGGACAGGAAGCGAGACCGCAGCCUGCCGCCGCCCGUCACGUCCGACGACCCGUUUGCCAUCACGAUGAUCGGUAGUCCGACUCACCAGUCGUCUCUGGCGGCGGCGGCCGGGAUGGUUCCUCCACGCGGCAGCAGGCCGGGGGGCGACGCGGCGCUGGCUCAGCCCAAAAAGGAGCCGACCCACUGGAAGUCUGUCCACAACCCCUUCAGCGACAGCGGGGGCUCCAGGUCACAUGACGGCGGCGCCAAGGCGGACGGCGGCGGAGGAGAGCGCAGGAAGCACAGGUCAUCGGAGAGCGAGCCCCGCAGGAACGCGCCCCCCCUCACCAGACACUCAGGACCCCAGGAGGACCUGUGCUUCUCCACGGACAAAGACGAGGACUGCCUGGACCUCGGCGCCCAGAUGACGGCCUGCGGCGUCGCCUCCCACAAAGGGUCCAAACAGCACUACAGGUCGGACACGACCGAAGUGACUCCUGCUGCCCCUCAAAGAGUGGCUCGGGUCAAAAGGUCCACAGCCCGACUCAGCGGCACUGAGAGAUCCCGCUCUCUGUGUUCCUCCCCGCUGCCGGAGCCCAGCCGCUCCCUCACCUCCUCCUCCUCCUCCAGCCCCAGCGACUGGGGGACUCAGGCCCGGGACGGGGAGUGGGGGGUGCAGAACCGAGGACCCAGCCCCGCCAGAGUGGGGCAGGCCUCCCCGCUGCCUUACCAGCACCAGGACCAGCCACAGAGGCAGAUGCACCUGUCCAGAGGUCCAAGCCCCAUUUCCCUGAGCACGCAGGACGCCUGGCCAGUAGCAGCGGCCAUAACCGAGUACAUCAACGCGUACUUCAAAGGCGGACAGCACAACCGGUGUCUUGUGAAGAUCACAGGAGACCUGGUGAUGUCCUUCCCGGCCGGGAUCACUCGGAUCUUCUCGGCCAACCCCAACGUUCCCGUGCUCAGCUUCCGGCUGGUCAACGCCUCGAGGAUCGACCACUUCCUGCCCAAUCAGAAGCUGCUCUACAGCGACCCGUCCCAGAGCGACCCGGACACCAGGGACUUCUGGUUCAACAUGCAGGCGCUGCAGCUCCACGUGCAGAGGGAGGCCGAGCUCAACCCCCAGGCGUCGUACUACAACGUCGCCGUGCUCAAGUACCAGGUGUCUUCUCAGGACCCGGGCCGCGCUCCUCUGCUGCUGUCGGCCGAGUGUCAGCGCAGCGGCACGGUGACCCGGGUGUCCCUGGACUAUCACUGCUGCCCGGCCACGGCGCCCUCCACCCAGCUCACCGCCGUGCAGGUCCUGCUGCCUCUGGACCACACCGCCUCAGACCUGCAGUGCCAGCCGCCGGCCUCCUGGAACGCUGAGGAACAUCGACUGCUGUGGAAACUCCCCAACCUUUCCCCGACCAACCACAGCAAAGGCUCGGGGACGCUGUGCGCCAGCUGGCAGUGCCUGGAGGCCCCCCGCGGCCCCCCGCCCAGCCUGGCUGUUCAGUUCGUGGGCUCCGGGACGUCGCUGUCGGGCACCGACGUGGAGCUGGUGGGCAGCCGGUACCGCAUGUCGCUGGUCAAGAAGAGGUUCGCCACAGGGAAGUACAUGGCGGGCUGCUCCUUGUAGACCCGGACCAGGCUGCUGCACCUGAAGCUCUUCCUCCUGACGUGUCCGGCUGUUUUUGGACCAACGGUAGUUUUUUUUUCCUCUAACUUGUAGGUUGUUGGUGACGCGUUCAGUCGUCUCGCCUUUUUACUGAAGCUACUUUGUUCGGGGCUGUGUUGUUUGUGCCUUUCGGACAUAGAGACUGAAAAAUAAGCUACAUCUCUUUAUGUGAAUUAUUGGGAGAAAAAAACAUGGGUUAGAAAAUAAGUUGGUCUAAAGCUGAGCUGCCAUGGAAAUUAUUAAUUUAAAUAAUGUAAAUAUUGUAUCUUUGUACCAUCCUGAGGGAUCAAGGAGACGUUUGUGUGAUCUUCUAUCAAACUGUAGAAAAAAGCUGUUUGUAAAGCAGAUGUUUGUUUUAAUUAGAGUUUUGUGACGUUCAGAAUUGAUUAAAGAAUAAUAAAUAAAUAUUCAAACCGUU